GAUUUUCCGGUAGUUUUCUGUGACAAUUACAGCCGUAGAUAUUGUUUAUAUUGUAUUACUGUUUCAUGACCGCGGGAAAAGAUAUUUAUUGAUAAAAAGAUUUACUAAACCAUGUAAAAUAUCGCCGCGAAUAAAGUUUGCUUAUGCAUAACAAUAACUCCGUUACUUCUUCAGGGGUAGGAAUGUGACGUUUUCGAACGAAGCAUUCGAAAUAUCUCCAACUUCGAAAAUGUCACGCAUUUGACACAUACAGAAAGUAAAAAAUAAUAACAAAACAUAAAUAUUAACAAACGUUAUUCAUACAAAUCUAUACCCACAUUUAGCAUCGGAAUAAAGGCAUUUUGCGUGUUGGUUAAGUGAAAAGCAUGUUCAAUACGCACAGUAAUUAACCAUUCGCUAACAAGUUUGGCUAACAAAACAUUUGUAGCGUCGCAUCCACAGCUGUGUGCCAGUUCCAGCUGUUCCGUUUUUCAAUCCCCUGGCGAACGGGAGAAAACGGGCGAUGUAGUUCACGAACUGUACCUCAUUCAUAAAACGGAAACAAUCUUCAUCCUUCCUAAACACGGCUGUGAAAUGUUUUGCUGUCUGAAGAGUUGCCUGAACGGCGUGCUGCCGGCACAGUCCGUGCACAUCACGAAAACAUCUAACCCAGUGCAACUGGACUCGUCACAUAUGGGUCACGAAGUGGUUAUAAUUAAGAACGGAUUGCGAGCCUGUGGAACUGGUGGUGUGUUAGCGAAUGCACCGCUCGUCCAGUCUAAAUCUUACUUUGAAGUGAAACUACAACAAUCGGGCCAUUGGUCGAUCGGGCUUGCUACGCACCAGACGGACCUGAAUCAAUCGGUCGGUGGGAAGGACCGGGAAUCGUGGUGUCUCAACUCAAACCAUCUCGUGCUACACGGUGGCGAUGUUAUCUACCGCUUGGAUGCCAGUAAGGGUGCUGGUGUACCGAACGGGGGUCAGAAUUCACCCGGUCACACCAUCACCUCCGGCACGGUACCAGGCGAACUUGCAUCCGUUACCGCACCGGCGUUUCCUGCGCCCGGUAGUACUACUGGCGCGGACAGUGGUUUGCCACAGGAAGGAGACACGAUAGGCGUCGCGUACGAUCAUGUGGAGCUAAAUUUCUACCUGAACGGAAAGAAUUUGAAUGUGCCGGUGCUGAACGUGCGCGGAACCGUCCAUCCCUGUCUAUUCGUUGACGAUGGUGCAAUCCUUGAUAUUGUGCUGGACAAUUUUGCGUAUGGGCCACCGCCCGGUUUCGAGCGCAUUCUGGUCGAACAGUCGUUGCUUUGAUUUCUCACAUCUAGUGCUGUUGCUUUAGUUAAGUUUAAGCCGCUCUCGUUGAAAUCAAUUAAUGAACGUAACUAAUCUCUACAAACACUCUCCACACUACCUGCUCCUUUCCUAUCGCUGUUUUUCUAUUAAUCUAUCUAUAUAAAUUUAUUACUUCCCAUUCCUUUUCGCUUUUCGAGUUACGUGGGUUACAAUAUCGUUAUUAGUGCAUGUGUGGAAAUGAACAAUUUUGCCAAGGAAACGUUUAGACCGAAUCAGUAGAACAGUCGGUAAUACACGGCAAACCAACACUGUACCAUGUGCCUCCCACACACAGGACUGAUAAUACAGCUAUGGAUAUUACAAUACACAUAGCCACAGCCACAAGGCGAGGCAAGUAAGAAAGCGAAGAUUCAAAUUGAUCUAUUCCAUGCAACUAAACGGCUUAAAUUAAUCCAGCGUCUUUCAGACACACAAGACAGGAACUAAUAGAAGGAACAAUUCUAUAAAAAAAACGUUUUAAUUUCCCCACAUUCAAAGUGUCGAACACAAAGCAUAGUAAUAAUCACGUUUCAUGGCUUUACAACUAUCUCUUACUCAUUUUCUGCCUAAACCGCUCAUGGAUGUGGGUUUUCCAUCUCUUCGUUUUUCCGUAACAACCAUAAAACGCUUUGUACUGAUCUACAUAUUUACGCAAAAAAAGGAAUGUAUAGUAUGGAACCAAUUGAGAAAAUCGGAAAAAAUAUACAUGAAGAUAUUUAUUAAACAUAACAAAAGCUUUCAAGGAAAUUUAAU